GCGAGGGGGGCUGCAGGGAGAGGAGGAAGAAGGAAGGGGGCGAGAGGCGCGAGCUGGCGGCGCGAUGCGAGCCGGGGCCCCGCGCGAGCCCCGAGGAGCCCCGCCGGCCCGCGUGGGGCGCCCGCAGUAGCGCGCAUGGCCCUGCCCGCGCGCUGAGCCCCGCGCCCCGCCAGCCCCGCGCAGCCUGCGCCAGUCCGGGGCCGAUGUCCCAGGUGAGCGGCCAGCGCUCCGCCGACUGCGACGCGCCCCAUGGAACCCCCAGCGCUGCCCCGGGCCCAGCCCCGACCCCUUCCCUCCCGCCUGAACUGGAGGUAGUGACAGAACCCGCUUGCCCCGUGGAGGUGGUGCUGGAGGAGGGCUCCCUGGAGGAGGCAGCACCCCCCAUGCCUCAAGACAAGGACUCCUCCGGGGCCCUCCAGAGCCCGGACAGCACUGACCUCAAUAUCCCCAUAGAAGCUGUGACACGCCAGCCGCAGGGGAACCCCUUGUGCGGCACCCCACUACUGGUGAACGGCUCUGGCCAACCCUCAGAGCUGGGCGGCACCAGGCGGGCAGGCAACGGGGCCCUGGGGGGCCCCAAGGCCCACCGGAAGCUGCAGACGCACCCAUCUCUCGCCAGCCAGGGCAGCAGGAAGAGCAAGAGCAGUGCCAAGUCCGCCACCUCUCAGAUCCCGCUCCAGGCCCAGGAAGACUGCUGCGUGCACUGCAUCCUGUCCUGCCUGUUCUGCGAGUUCCUGACGCUGUGCAACAUCGUGCUGGACUGCGCCACCUGCGGCUCCUGCAGCUCCGAGGACUCGUGCCUGUGCUGCUGCUGCGGCCAGGCCGAGUGCUCCGACUGUGAGCUGCCCUGCGACCUGGACUGCGGCAUCCUGGACGCGUGCUGCGAGUCGGCCGACUGCCUGGAGAUCUGCAUGGAGUGCUGCGGGCUCUGCUUCUCCUCGUGACCGGCAGGGGGCGCUGCGCGGGGCUCGGCUCACUGUGAAAGCCCCCCGGCUGGGGCCCCC